AUGACGAUAACUUUUUCAAUUCCGCUCAAUAUCUUCUUCUUCCAUCAAACUCAAACCACACCCACUUCUUCAUUUCUUCAUCACCAAACCGUUACCUUUUCCUGCAGAAAAACCACUCUAAAAACCGCUUGUUUCGGUUCACAACAAAACCCCCAACAACGACAAAGCCAGAGGAAGAAGAAACCGUUUAAUACCAAUGAUACUGAUUCCGAUGGUGAAAAGGGUUAUGACCCUGUUAGGUUUCUCGUCCAACGUGACAUUUCUCAUAAAGCAUUUACUCAGUUUCUCCGUGAAAGGCAAGUAAUUUGGUUUCCGUUUUGUAGAAUUUCUGUUUGGAUUAUCUGGGUGUGUUUUGUUUUUGUGCUUCUCUUAGAAAGUUUCAUUCUUUAG